AUGCAGAAUGAAAAUGAUAUGGUGAAGGAUGAAGCUGAAGUCGCUGCAUCCAUUUCGGCACUCGAAGGUGAAGAAUGGGGAUACUGUUCAUUGGAAGAUGAACCAUCUUUUCAAGAAGAAGAUUCUGUGAAAGUUGAGGGGCUUGUUCUGGAUCAUGGUUCAAGACACCCUGACAUGAAAAGACGCGCGGAGAACUGUCACAUCCUAACUUGCAAUGUGUCACUGGAGUAUGAGAAGAGUGAAAUCAAUGCAGGGUUCUUCUACUCGAAUGCGGAACAGAGGGAAGCCAUGGUUACUGAUGAAAGACGUUCUGUUGAUGAAAGAGUUAAGAAAAUUAUUGAGCUGAAGAACAAGGUCUGUGCUGGUAAUGAUUGCAGCUUUGUUAUCUUAAACCAAAAGGGUAUUGAUCCCCCAUCAUUGGAUCUUCUUGCUAGAGAAGGGGGCAUAGAACGUGAAGGUGACAGGAUAAGACAGGAUUAUAUACAUUUCAUAAGGUAA